CUCUUCAUAAUGGACGCGUUUGUCGACUUGUUCAUAACACUGUGCAUCGUCAUUAACACGUUAUUCAUGGCUAUGGAACACGACGGCAUGACACCAACUAUGAUUGCCACUCUCAAAUAUGGAAAUUAUGUAUUUACCGGUAUUUUUACUGUGGAGGCAGUUUUGAAGAUAUCAGCACUUGGUUUAUAUAAAUACCUGCAAGACAAAUGGAGCUGUUUCGAUAUUGUCAUCGUCAUUUUGAGCCUCGUUGAACUGGGAUUGUCUGGUGUGAAAGGUCUUUCCAUUUUAAGAUCCUUCAGACUGCUGAGAGUCUUUAAAUUAGCCAAAUCCUGGCCAACUCUCAAUCUCCUGAUAGGAAUUAUUGGUCGAACGAUGGGCGCGUUAGGAAAUUUGUGUUUCGUGCUGUUGAUCAUCGUCUUCAUCUUCGCCGUCAUGGGUAUGCAAUUGUUUGGACCAAACUACUCAACCUUUUUUGGGCACGAGAUGCCCGGUUGGAACUUCACGGAUUUUCUUCACUCAUUCAUGAUUGUUUUUCGAGUUUUGUGUGGGGAGUGGAUAGAAUCGAUGUGGAAUUGCAUCAGAUGUUCCGGCUCUAUAUGCAUUCCAUUCUUUCUACUCACUAUGAUCAUCGGCAAUCUUGUGGUCUUAAACCUCUUCCUUGCCUUGCUCUUGAGCUCC